AUUAUGUAUAUCUAAGUUUCAUUUUUUAAAUUAUAUUUAUAAAAAUAUGAAUUUAUAUAAGUAUUCAUAGUCUAGUAAUAAUUAUAUGAUAAUGCCAACACUGUUCUAAUGGGAAUUAUUUCACAACGAGUUUUACCAAAUGAAACAGUGAGUGUUCACAUAACAAACAAAGAUUGUUAAAUUAACUAUUUCUCGUGGUAGUUGAAUAUAUACUGCAGAAUUAUUUUGAGUGAACAUUUGUAAUAUCUUUAUGUGAAACCGAGAGAAAAGAAUUAUGGUCUCGGUGAUGCAACCAUUCAUGGAUGUUGAGAGUUCGAGAAGUUACAUCGAUGAAUUAUACUCGUUGGAUCCUCAAAAAUGCUUAGAAGCUAUUAUAUGCCUAAAAAAUUCUGUGAUUGGGAGUAAUAGACAAAAAGGAUCUGUAAUAGCACAAGGUGUAGUACCUCGUUUAUUGCAACUUCUUGGAGAUACAUCAGACAGAAUUGGAGAUAAUAUAAGGCUAGAGGCUGCAAUAACUUUAGGUUCUUUAGCUAAAGGAACUGAUCAACAUGUGUUGGCACUUAUAGAUCUUGGUGUAGUGCCGUUGCUUUUUCAGGUUAUAUUAUCUACACCUAUCACAGAAACGCCAUUAGAAGGAAAGCCAAAAAUAACAGAUUUAUUAAACGAAGCAUGCUUACGUUGUUUGAGAACAGUAUUUCAACAUCCAUCAGCACCGGUUCAUUCAAUAUAUCAGGAUCCUGCACUAGUUCCAAGAUUGGUGUCAUUAGCAAAUCAAUCAGUCACUUGUCAAAUUUGUGUAGCAACAAUUUUAACAACAGCAUGCAAGACAACAGAAGAGCAAAGUGCUUUAGCCAAAGGUGGUGCAGUAGAAACAUUAGCAAUGCAGUUGGAUUCUUCAUUACCUGAUGUUCAAUCAUCAGCUCUAGCAUGCUUGGCAAAUAUGUGUUAUAAGAAUUAUGGGGUAUGUGUCACGGUUGCAUCGGCAACUACCAGUAACACACCACAGGGUAGACUUGUACCUGUAGCAUUAGGACAAUUAAUGGGUCGUGAGAAAAGCUCCUUAAUUCAACUUGAAGCUGCAAGAUGUAUUACAUAUAUGCAUAGAACUGGAGUUCUAGUACACAAAGAUCCUAGAAUUAUAUACCGUGCUUUGCCUUGUUUGGUACGACUUUGUCAUCGAGAUCAUCCGCCUCGUGAAAGAGUAGCGGCGGCUGAAACUUUGGCUUUCCUUACCGAAGUUAAUACCGAAUUGCAACGUCUAGCUUCCAUUAGUAAUCAUUUAAUUCCUACUCUUGCAGAAUUGUUACGAUGUCAUCCACAUUGCAAGAUUGUACUUGCAAUGGCGCAGCUACAGGAUACAACAUUAACACAAGAUAUGCGACAAGCUGCAUUCAGGGCAUUUGCAUCCCUUGGUGCUAAUGAUGAAGAUAUUAGGAAACGUAUCAUCGAGACAGAAAGUCUUAUGGAACAAGUAGUGGCAGGACUUCAGGAUCCAGGAGGUUCUCAUGUACGUUUAGCAGCAGUUAGAUGUCUUCAUUCUCUUUCUAGAAGUGUUCAGCAACUCCGAACAACGUUUCAAGAUCAUGCUGUUUGGAGGCCCCUUAUGCAACUAUUACAUGGUGCAGAUAAGGGAUUGGAGGGUAGAGGCGAAAGUGAAGUUGAUUUAUUAACUGUUGCCUCAAGUACAUUAUGUAACUUAUUGUUGGAAUUUAGUCCAAGCAAAGAACCGAUUCUUGAAUCUGGAGGAAUAGAGUUAUUGUGCUCGCUUACAAAACGAUGUACACCGGCAUUGCGAUUGAACGGAAUUUGGGCAUUGAUGAACGUGGCUUUCCAAGCCGAACAGCAAGUAAAAUUACAAAUUUUACAAUGUCUGGGAACAGAUCAAAUCUUUUGUCUUCUGGCAGAUCAAGAUAUACCAGUUUUGAUGAAAACAUUAGGUUUAUUACGAAACUUGCUCUCUACAAAAGCACACAUAGAUCGUAUAAUGGGAGAACACGCUGCUCACGUUAUGCAAGCUGUUAUAUUAGUUUUAGAAGACCCAAGGCAUCCAGCAGACGUAAAGGAGCAGGCUCUCUGUAUUUUAGCGAAUGUAGCUGAUGGAAAUCGAGCAAAAGAUCAUAUUAUGGCUAACGAAGAUGUGCUUAAAAAACUUAUGGAUUAUAUGAUGCAUAGCAAUGUAAAACUGCAAAUUGCCGCAGUUUUUUGUGUGUGCAACCUAGUCUGGAGGGAAGAACCUGGUGCUGCACAACGGCAAGCACGUUUAAAAGAACUGGGCUUUUAUCGUAUUUUGCAACAAUUACGUCAUAGCAAAGAUCUUCAAUUGUUUGAUAAGUAUGACAAACAAUCUUUAAACCUUCCUUUCUAUUUGUGUUUGAAAAUGAUCUUUAACUGUCCUUGUAAAUUAUAAUAGUUCAAUAAGAUAUUAAAUCUUAGUAUAAUUAAUAUAAAAAUAUUUUCUCUCAAAUAUUUCUGACUUUUAAUAUACAUUUGUCUCAUUUCAGGGUCAGAACGGCUAUGGCACAAUUUUAUGAUGCCUAAAUUCCAGAUGUGUUAUUGAUGAAAGUUAGAUUUUGAUUUAGAUUUCUUUUAUACGCGAAAUACAAUUAUAUUUUGGUGUUAACACUGUGAUUCUGUAUUUCGUUGAUGCAUAAGCAUUUUAUAUUUAUAUAGAAAAGAUACAAAAACAAUAUCCCUGACGAUGUAAUCUGUUUAUGUUGUAUUUAUUUUAUUUAAAAAAAGAGAACAAUAUGCAAUAUUUCAGUAUAUUAAAAAAAGAAACAAUGUAAUAAUUGUAUCAUACAUUUUUAAAAUAUGAAUUGUUUGAUACAAAGAUAAUGUCAAAAGUAAUUGAUUGCAAAGUUUUACAUUAUGGAAUGUCAACAAAUUAUAUACAGGUAUCCGUAUGAUAUACUUCAUAUUAAACAUAUUUUGCUAUAAAUAUGAUUAGAAAGGUUGAUAAUUAUUUAUUAUCACGAAAAAAAUAUUUUUAAUGUACUUAAAAGAAGUAUAUGACUAGUAUCUCUUAUAAACUAUCAUCGAUUUUAAAUCUUUGGUAUGGAGCUUGAAAAGUUAUUUAUGAAAAUUUAAAUAUUUUUGAUUCUUACGAUCAUCUUGCUAUUUUCAUUAUCUGGAAUGUUAAAAUUCAACUAAUAAGUAUGAAAUACCAGUGCAAAUGUAAGAAAUAGAUAAUACUCGUAGCAUUAUCCUAUUUGGAGGAAAUAAAAAUAUCUCUUCUGACUGUUGCUAUAAACUGCAACUAAUCAUAUGUCAUGAUAAUAUAGUUUUAAAUACUUUAAAAAAAUUAAGCAGAUGCAUUACUGUCAUCAGAAAGAUUUUCCAUGGGAUUGUUAGCCAAAGGGUCCAGUUCAGCAAAUAAAUCCAACCAGGAAUUACCUUUUU